UCCCCCCACCCACCCCACAACCUCCUGCUCCUCCAACCCCUUUUCCCUUGCCCCGAUUGUGGCAAAACCUUUGGCUGCCGUUCCCACAUCGGCAAACGCCGGCGCGGACGCGCCAAGCAACGACCUUACGGCCGCUGGCACCGAGGCAGAGCCAUCACCCGCCACCUCCAACCUCUACCGAGCCCACCUGGAUGCCACCACGACCACCAGGGCUUCACCAAAACCCACCACGGCCACCAGGGCUUCAUCAAAACCCACCACGGCCAUCACCACGCCGACAAAACCCAGCGCCGUGCCACCAAAACCCGACAGCAGCAACAGCUCUUCGCCGAAACCCAACAACGCGUCACCAAAAUCCAACAAUACGCCACCAAAACCCAACAACACAUCACCAAAAUCCAACAAUACAUCACCGAAACCUGACAAUACGUCACCAAAAUCCAACAAUACAUCACCAAAAUCCAACACCACGUCACCAAAAUCCAACAAUAUGCCACCAAAACCCAACAAUACGCCACCAAAACCCAACAAUACGCCACCAAAAUCCAGCAACACGUCACCGAAACCCAACAACGCGUCACCAAAACCCAACACCACAUCGCCAAAACCCAACAGUACGUCACCAAAACCCAACAAUACACCACCAAAAUCCAACAACACGUCGCCAAAACCCAACAGCACGUCACCGAAAUCCAACAAUACGUUGCCGAAACCCAACAUCUCAUCACCAAAACCCAACAACACAUCACCAAAAUCCAACAGCACGUCACUGAAACCCAACCACGUGUCACCACAACCCAACACCUCGUCACCACAACCCAACGUCUCGUCACUGAAACCCAUCACCACCACCAACCCUUCUCCGAAACCCAACAACACGUUGCCAGAACCCAACAACCCUUCACCAAAACCCAGCAGCACGUCACCGAAACCCAACAUCUCGUCACCAAAACUCAACGCCGCUUUACCAGAACCCAGUACCGGAUCCACAGGGUCUCUGAAACCCGCCAACACCUCACCAAAACCCAACGCCAUCCCUGGCAAUGGAUCCAUGGCACCACCAAAGCCCACCACCACCACCACCGCAUCACCAAAACCCAGCAGCGCAUCGCUGAGAGCCACCGCUCCAUUGCCAAAACCACCCACCACCGCCACCAAUGGAUCCAUGGCGUCACCAAAACCCAACACCCCCGUCACCAAAACCCAACACCUCGUCACCAAAACCCACCGCCACCACAUCAGCAUCACCAAAACCCACCACUGCCAAUGGACCCACGCCGUCACCAAAACCAACCGCCACCACCAGAUCCAUGGCGUCACCAAAACCCACCACCCCAUCACCAAAACCACCCGCCACCGCCACCAAUGGGUCCAUGGCGUCACCAAAACCCAAUACCCCGUCACCAAAACCACCCGCCACCGCCACCAAUGGGUCCAUGGUGUCACCAAAACCCACCACCCCGUCACCAAAACCACCCACCACCGCCACCAAUGGGUCCAUGGUGUCACCAAAACCCAACACCCCAUCACCAAAACCCAACACCCCGUCACCAAAACCCAACGCCACCCAUGGAUCUACCACGCCACCAAACCCCACCACCGCAUCACCAAACCCCACCACCACGUCACCAAACCCCACCUCCACGCCACCAAACCCCACCACCGCGUCACCAAGCCCCACCGCCGGCCCCACGUCGCCGCCACCAAACCCCAACCUCUCCUCUCCUUACCAAUGUGCCGAUUGCCACCGGACCUUCCGCCGCGCCAAAGAAUUGGCCACUCACCGCCGGGCUCACACCGGCCUUUCACCGUUCCAAUGUCCCCACUGUGGCAAAACCUUCACCUGGAGCUCCCAUUGGGAAAGACACCGACGGACCCACACCGGCGAGCGGCCUUACCGAUGCGCCGAAUGCGGCAAAAGCUUCGGUAGAAGCUCCCACCUUUACCGGCACCAACGUGGCCACGCCGACGGUCGUUCUUACAUCUGUACCUAUUGCGGGAGAAGUUUUGGUAGCAUCACUCAUUUCGAGAGGCAUCAAAAAACUCACGUCGGGAGGAGGCCCUAUAAAUGCACGAGGUGCCGGAAGAGUUUCGGCGACGCGCCAGCGUUGGUUCGGCAUCAACGGGGACAUUUGGCGGAAGGGUCGUCGGCAUCGGCGGUGCGGUCGUGGGGUGGCCGUGGGGUGGGGGGAAAAGGGAGGAGGUGUGGGGAUUGCGGGACGGUGUUCUCGUGGAGCUCCCACUGGGAAUGGCACUGGUGUGGGGAUGGGGGAGAUGGUGGCGGUGGGGGCAGAGGUGGCAGCGCCGUGGGCACCGGUGGGGUCUGCAGUGGUGGGAUCUCCAGCGGUGGAACCUCCAUGGCCAGUGGUGGGGUCUCCAAUGAUGGGGUCUCCAGUGGUAGAACCUCCGUGGCCAAUGGUGGGGUCUCCCAUGGUGGGGUGUCCAUGACCCAUGGUGGGAUCUCCAGUGGUGGGAUCUGCAGUGGUAGAACCUCCGUGGCCCAUGGUGGAACCUCCGUGGCCAGUGGUGGGGUCUCCAUGACUGAUGGUGGGGUCUCCGAUGGUGGGGUGUCCAUCGCCAAUGGUAGAACCUCCGUGGCCAAUGGUAGAACUUCCAUCUCCAAAGGUGGGAUCUCCAGUGGUAGAACCUCCGUGGCCAGUGGUGGGGUCUCCAAUGGUGGGGUGUCCAUGACCCAUGGUGGGAUCUCCAAUGGUGGGGACUCCAAUGGUGGGAUCUGCAGUGGUAGAACCUCCGUGGCCAGUGGUGGAACCUCCGUGGCCAGUGGUGGGGUCUCCCAUGGUGGGAUCUCCAGUGGUAGGACCUCCGUGGCCAAUGGUGGGGUCUCCAUCUCCAAUGGUGGAAGCUCCAAUGGUGGGAUCUCCAAUGGUGGAACUUCCAUGGCCAGUGGUGGGGUCCCCAAUGGUGGGAUCUCCAGUGGUAGAACCUCCGUGGCCAAUGGAAGAACCUCCAUGGCCAGUGGUGGGGUCUCCAUCUCCAAUGGUGGGGUCUCCAAUGGUGGAACUUCCAUGGCCAGUGGUGGGGUCUCCAAAAGUGGGAUCUCCAGUGGUAGAACCACCGUGGCCAAUGGUGGGGUCUCCGUGACUGAUGGUGGAAUCUCCAAUGGUGGAAGCUCCAUCUCCAGUGGUAGAACCUCCAUGGCCAAUGGUGGAACCUCCGUGGCCAAUGGUGGGAUCUCCAUCCCCAAAAAUGGGACCUCUGUGGCCAAUGGUGGGAUCUCCAACGGUGGGACCUCCAUGGCCAGUGGCAGGACCUUCAUCCCCAAAAAUGGGGCCUCCAUCACCAACGUUGGGAUCUCCGUGGCCAACGGUGGGACCUCCAUCACCAAAAAUGGGACCUCCGUGGCCAAUGGUGGGAUCUCUGAUGGUGGGACCUCCAUCACCAAGGGCAGCAGUUCCGUCGCCAAAGAUGGGCCCUCCGUCACCCCUGAUGGGGUCGCCAUCACCAGCGGUGGGGCCUCCAUCGCCAAUGGUGGGAUCUCCAUCGCUGACAGCCCCGUAGGCCUCACCACCGACCUCCCCAACGCCGCCAAACCCGGCCGCUGUGCCAGCUGUGGCAAAUCCUUCUCUUGUAGCUCACACUGGGAACGGCACCGGUGCACCAACGUCACCGCCAUCGCCAGUGGUGGGGCCUCCAUCGCCAACGGUGGGGCCUCCAUCACCAACAGUGGGGCCUCCAUCGCCAAUGGUGGGGCCUCCAUCGCCAGAGACCCCGCCGGCAUCACCAAUGACCCCAUAGGCCUCACCAACGACCCCAUGGACAUCAACACCAACCCCAUAGGCCUCACCACCGUCCCCAUGGACAUCACCAACGACCCCAUUGGUGUCACCACCAACCCCACGGGCCUCACCAACGACCCCAUGGAUAUCAACACCAACCCUGUAGACCUCACCAGCGACCCCAUAGGCAUCACCAACGACCCCAUGGACAUCAACACCAACCCCAUAGGCCUCACCAACAACCCCAUGGACAUCACCAACAACCCCAUAGGCAUCACCAACAACCCCAUAGGCCUCACCAACAACCCCAUAGGCCUCACCAAUGACCCCAUAGGCCUCACCAACAACCCCAUAGGCCUCACCAAUAACCCCAUAGGCAUCACCAACAACCCUAUAGGCCUCACCACCGACCCCAUGGACCUCACCACCGACCCCAUGGACAUCACCACCGACCCCAUAGGCCUCACCAGCGACCCCAUAGGCCUCACCACCGACCCCAUAGGCCUCAGCACCGACGUCCCCAGCGCCGCCAAACCCUACCGCUGUGCCGACUGUGGCAAGUCCUUCUCUUGGAGCUCCCAUUGGGAACGGCACCAACGCAUCCACACCGGCGAGCGGCCGUACCGAUGCGGCGACUGCGGCAAAAGCUUCGGCCGUACGUCUCACCUCUACAGGCACCAGCGGAGCCACCAAGGGGGUCGGCCCCAUAUUUGUGGGGUCUGCGGGAGGAGCUUUAACAGCACCCUUCAUUUCCUAAGGCACCAAAAGGGGCACCGGCAGAAGCCGGCGAAGCCGCGACGGCGAGCGGCGGUGAUGGCGGAGGGGCCGGAGGAGGAGUGAUGGAUGGUGGAGGAUGGGGGGUUUUAUGGGGGAUUUUAUGGGGGUCCGGUGUGUUCAGUGGGGUCUUAUGGGGUCCUAUGGGGUCCUGUGGGUUCUUAUGGGGUUCAAUGUGUUCAGUGGGGUCUUAUGGGGUCAGUGGGGUCCUAUGGGGUCCUGUGGGGUUCUUAUGGGGUUCAAUGUGUUCAGUGGGGUCUUAUGGGGUCAGUGGGGUCCUAUGGGGUCCUGUGGGGUUCUUAUGGGGUUCAAUGUGUUCAGUGGGGUCUUAUGGGGUCAGUGGGGUUCUAUGGGGACUUUUGUGGGUUCUUAUGGGGUUGAAUCCGUUCAGUGAGGUCCUAUGGGGUCAGUGGGGUCCAAAGGGGUCUUAUGGGGUCUUAUGGGGACUUUUGUGGGUUCUUACGGGUUUCAAUGUGUUCAGUGGGGUCUUAUGGGGUCUUAUGGGGUCUUUUGUAGGUUCUUGUGGGGUCCAGUGUGUUGAGAGGGGUCUUAUGGGGUCAGUGGGGUCCUAUGGGGUCCUGUGGGGUCUUAUGGGGUUCAGUGGGGUCCUAUGGGGUCCUGUGGGGUCUUAUGGGGUUCAAUGUGUUCAGUGGGGUCUUAUGGGGUCAGUGGGGUUCUAUGGGGACUUUUGUGGGUUCUUAUGGGGUUCAGUGGGGUCUUAUGGGGUCUUUUGUGGGUUCUUAUGGGGUUGAAUGUGUUCAGUGGGGUCUUAUGGGGUCAGUGGGGUCCUAUGGGGUCUUAUGGGCUCUUACAGGGUCCUAUGGUGUCCAUUGUGUUCAGUGGGGUCUUAUGGGGUCCGGUGGGGUCUUAUAGGGUCCUAUGGUGUCCAGUGUGUUCAGUGGGGUCUUAUGGGGUCCUAUGGGAUCCAGUGGGGUCUUUUGUGGGGUCUUACGGGGUUCAAUGUGUUCAGUGAAGUCUUAUUGGAUCUUAUAGGGUCCUAUGGGGUCUUUUGUGGGGUCUUACGGGGUCCGGUGUGUUCAGUGGGGUCAUAUGGGGUCAUGUAAGACCCCACAGGGUCCUAUGGGGUCUUUUGUGGGGUCUUAUAUGGUUCAAUGUGUUCAGUGGAGUCUUUCAAGGUGCCCUCUGGGGUCUUACAGGGUCCAGUGUGUUCAGUGGGGUCUUAUGGGGUCUUAUGGGGUCAUAUGGGUUCCUGGGGUCUUCUGUGGGGUCUUACGGGGUCCAGUGUGUUCAGUGGGGUCUUUUAUGGGGUCUUAUGGGGUCUUUUGUGGGGUCUUAUGGGGUCCAGUGUGUUCAGUGGGGUCUUUUAUGGGGUCCUAUGGGGUCUUAUGGGGUCUUCUGUGGGGUCUUACGGGGUCCAGUGUGUUCAGUGGGGUCUUUUAUGGGGUCCUAUGGGGGCUUUUAUGGGGUCCAAUAUGGUCUUAUGGGAUUUUUGGGGCCGAUCGGGGCGAUUUUGGGGCCGUGUUUGGGAAAUAAAAUAGAGCGUAGCCACCUCCAGCCUCUGUGCUUUUUGGGGUGGAAAAGGGUGGUUUUGGGGUCCCAAGA